AGUCCUAGCCCUCUUUCCUCAAGUGAAUCGAGGCUCCGUCUCAGAUCCCUCUCACCCACUUCCUCUCAACUCUCACUUCGGCAUUUCCUCCGUAACCUUGCCAAGUUCGCACAGACUUCGACACAACAUCUUCACUCCUCAAAGUCACAGACGCUCGCAACAAACUUCACGCAAGUCCAACAUUCACAACCGCCAAAAUGCCUAUGAAGUGGACUCCAGACAACGACCAGUUGCUCCUGUUGAAAAUUCUCGAAACCCACGAUCUUACCGUCGACACGAAGAAAAUUGCUGCCGCCUGGCCCACCGAUGAUGGCCGCGAAGGUCCUACCGCUCGUGCCAUUUCCGAACGUCUCGUUAAAAUUCGCGCCAAUGCCAAAGCCGGUGGCGCCGGCCAUUUCGCUGUGAAGAAGCCCGGCAAUUCAAAGCCCAAUACUCCCCGCAAGGGGCGCGCUAUCAAAGCCGAAGGCGAGGAUACUCCUUCCACCCCGAACAGCAAACGCAAGCGGGCUACCAAGACUGUUCCAAAGGAGGACACCGAUGAUGAAUACGCUAGCUACAAUAUUCCCGGCACCGAGACGAAGUGGCUCGCUGAUGGUCUGGCUCAUCUCAAUGGUUCCGCCAGCUAUCAGGUUCUUAGAGACCAAAAUGAUGACGAUGGAGAUGAGAUGGAAAGUCCGAGCAAAAAGACCAAGUCUCUCGUCAAGAUGGAACCGAAUGUUAGCAAUACCGACUUUGGAGAUGAGAACUUGCUCUACACUGUUCCCUUUGGAGACAUGAGCACUUCAUCCUAAAGACCAGGCGCUAUCUUGCAUUGUGCUAAGAAUUUCGCGGCAUUGCCGACCGGUCGGUUUUGUUUCCUCGUGGUUUUCCUGUUAGCACUCAGUACGGCGUCUCACUGGAUGUGCGUCUUCAAAUAUGCAGUGAUCAUAAUCUUCCUAAGAUAUUUCAUCAUUUAUUAUCCAUCCAUAGCCUAUUGCUCAUAAAGAGCGUAGGGUUCUCGAUAUGACAUUCUCAGCCAGCGAUAAUCGAAGAUAACUUGCAUGACGGAGGUAGCGACAAUACCAAAGCUAAUGUCGUUAUCGUUAUUAUUUUUUAGUUGGCGUUCACAGAAAU